CACGAGGAGGAAGCGCUCGGAUCAAGGGAAGUGGCUCGCGGCCAUCCUCAACAGUUUCAAACACGACCGCAACGUUCGCGUCCUCGUCGACAGUAUCAUCGUCAUCCCCAGAAUCACAACCAUCAUCACCAUCAUCACCAUCACCAUUAUCAUCAUCAUCAGCUGUCACCGCCGCAACGUCAUCGCAACCAACUGCCGCAUAUCUACCAGCAGGACCAUCAGCAGCGUCAUCAGCGUUUUCACCCGGAUCGCUCGCCGUCGCCGUCCUUCUCGCCGUUGAACGACGACGACUGCGUCGCCGGUCGAUGUUCGCCGAGGGCGCCGCGACACUCGCGAAGAAGCUCGGCGAGAUCGUCGCCGUCGCGGUGGCCGUCGCCGGCGUCGUCGACGUCGCCCUUGGGAACGCCGUCGCGCACCAUGUCUCGGGGCGCGACACCCUCGCCGCCGAACGCGGCGUCGGUGCCAUCCACGGCGGCGCCCGCGAGCAGCUGCUGGAACCUGCCGCGUAAACUGUUCACCUGUCGUGUCCAGGGUAGCGCGAGGAUCGACUUCAUAUCGCGCAUCGCCUUUCCCCUCAUGUUCAUUCUCUUCAACUUCGCGUACUGGUGUAUUUAUCUGUUUCAAGGCGAAGACGGCGCGGUGACCAACAAGUGAGCGGAGAGAGAAAGAGAGGGAGGGAGAAAGCGUGACGGAAGAAUCGAGUUGUUGGUCGACGUUGGAUCCUUGAAAGAAGAAGAAACACGUUCGUCUCCGAUCAUCUACCGGCAUCCCGACGAGAGAGACCGUAGCAAUGUAGUUCGCUCGACCGGCCACUUCGACGAUACCUCCGCAGCCCGCGCCGCGAAACAGCGGAACAUUCCAGGACGAGAAGAUACGACGCUCGGCGGAUGAAGAUGGCUAUCACGGAUGAGGACGCAGCGACGCGUACUAUACGUUGCUACACGUUAACACGUCGUAUACGCGCGAAAACCGCGUGUAUAUAUACACACACACAGACACAGAUAGACAAACAUCGUACCUCAUGACCCACUCGGAAGACCGCGUGCCACAGACUGAACUGAAAGCGUAGUGGGCCCUGUAUAGCCACGGCCUGUAAACGAUUAAAAAAACAGAGGGAAAAAGAGUCGCAACAAAUUUAUAACUAACUAAUACCUACGUUUCCGCACGUCGACGAGCGAGCUCAUCGGCGCGCGCAGCACUCUCGCACCGAGCAUCACGGCCCGGUUCGUCGUUGCGAAAUUAAAACGGCGAACGGUCUCGAUCAAGUUUUAAUUCGCCUUAAGACCGGGACGAUCGCUCCUUCGUUCGUACAAGGGUGUUGUUUGACGAAGAAACGAUCGGCGUCGCCCACUCUUAAGGCCGUGUCGCGCACACACGCACAGGGGAGGGAAUGUUUGACGACGGGAAACACUCUAGGCGUGUGUACACCGGGUGUCAAACAUUCCGGUAGUGAACCUCCCGCGUGUACGAUGCCUCGCUGGUACGAGCUGGCUGGGUUUUCGAGCCUAGCGGCCUCCCGUGUUUCGUAUCUUUCGAUUUCUCUCACCCCGCUGUAAUUUGUAAAAAGGAGACGAGGGAGGGGGCCGCGAGGCUGAGAAGAUUGAGAGAAAACGAUCGCGAUGCUUACGUACAGCGGACUUCCGAUCAGCAGUGCGCGUCUUGAUAUCGCUAGGAGUAAUCCUUGUUCCGCCUUUCCCCGAGAACGUUUCCUUUCUUUCGUCUCUCACGGGGACGUCCGAAUAAGGAUUAACGUCAACGGGACACGCGAGCUGGCGAGCGGCGGUACGAAGUGUCGACGGUCUCGCGGCUUCCUGUUUUUUCCGCCGCCCCGGGCCGACGCGGCUCGGGGCUCUCUCACGUAUUGCUCAUGAGAGAUCGAGGACGCCACGCGCGCGGAGGACUCGUCGGCGCGGCGUCGUCGACCUCGCGGACGGAAUGAAGAGAAACGACGAAGAAGACACGCGGAAAUGUGCUCACUCACUAAAGCGAUAGUUGUAUUUUUUGAAAAUACGAGACGUCACCCUCACUGGACAGAGCCGCGUCAUCAUCGAUAAAACAAUCCUCGACACAACCCCCCCUCUGUGGUGACGGACGGCGGAGGGAAGCGCCGCGCCGAGUUCGUUUCAACGGGGAAAAAGUCCUCGAUCGCGUCCCUCCCCCGUGCGUAUCUUCCCUCUUACUUCGUGCGACCGGACACUACGCGCGCGCGUAUCUAAUAAGAAGUGAGGAUCUUGCGGGCUCCGCCCGCGACUUUGGUACACGAAUCGUUUCGAGGGACUGAUUUCAAGCAACCUUUAUGCUGUCGCAGCAAACAAAUCAAUACAUCUUUCUUGAAUAUUGCUCAAUAUUAGAGAAGUUGGCUUUUGGGAUCGUUUGAUGAAAAACGCGAGCAUACGUCCCGUUCUUCAUAAAACCGGAGGUCGAGUCUUGAAAUACACGUCUUAUAAUAUAUGGACGGUACUUGAGAAACGCCUUAUAUAUUUAUUUAUUUGCCGCGACAGCAUGCAAUUUGCCGAAUGAUUUUUCCCCGCAUAGGACGCGCGUUGUGCCUGGGAUCGGAAGCGCGCGCAAAUCGAACUUCUUCCACGAUCGCCGCGACUCGACGUUAUCUUCGGAAACUUCUGUCCCUCAGACGCAACGUGCCUCCCACGAGUUCCAGAACGGAAGCUUGUCCUCACGAAAGCGCGCGGUAAUAUCGUCGUAAUGUGCUAAUAUCAGUGUCAUUCACUGUGUGUGUGUGUUUUUUUAUAACGAAUCGCCGCACUCUUUUCGAAAAUCUUAUCGUGUUACGGUUUUAGGAGUUAUAAGCUAACGUGUUAUGGCAAACGUUUGUAUUUGCGGCUCAAGCGAGAUCAUCCGGACGGACUUCCCGCAGGCGCGAAACGACCGAGUAAUCGCGAGCAAGCAAGCUUACUUUUCGUUCGGCCGGUGCACCUUGUUUUUCCUUCCGCUAAUUCCCUUCGAGACAAAGCUCCGAUCGCCAUUUUCCGCACCUCGUCGCGAUAAAAUUGUCAUCUCAACCGGACGCGAAAUCGAACGGAAUCUGCCUCCAAGGAACGCACACCGUAAUCUCUCGACUCGUUGUCGAGUUCCUCUCGCUUCACGACGAUGAGAGGAGGUCAACGUAGCCGUGUGUAUUGGCGUAAAGGUAAUGUGUGUGUUCUUCUCGAUGGAAUAGAAGAAAGUCCGAGAAUGUUCCAGCACCGUCGAUGUUACGCGUAUACGCGUGAAAUAUUCGCUUCGCGCGUGUGCAACGAAGCACGCGACGUUAUCAUGAGCGGAAUGACGUCGGCAAUAACCCGGAAGGCUAAUUUCUCGCUCGUGCGGCGUUAGUCUUGCGUAAAGCAAUUAGGCUCAGAGUUGGCAAGUGAUGCGUUACUUGCCGUUAAAAAGUUACUUUCUUCAAUAACGCGCGACUAUAUAUAUAACGGUUAUACAUAACAACGUUAUUGAUUUAUAUUUUUCACUCAUAACGCGUUAUUUUUCACAGUGGGUAUCGAAGAACGACGAUGAGUCACUAAAAAAAGAAAAAAAAGAAUAACUUGCCAACUCUGAUUAGAUCAUAGAUACAGCGCAGGUCUUUUUCGUUCUUCCACCCUUCCGUCCCUCGCGCGCUCUCGGUCGCUUGAUUUAUCCGCGCCGUGUCCACGGUUUGGAUGUAGCACGCAUAAAGGCCGCAGUAGAGACUUGUUUGCGCGCAAACAGCGUCUAAGAGACGCCAGCUUCCGAGCGAGGAACACCGUGUAUAUUUAGGAGCGACUCUGCGCGUGCCUACGUGCGAGAGACUCGACGGGACGUAAAGCCAGUAUUUGCGAGACGAUUACGUGUAUCGGCGAUGGAUCUAUCCUCCGUGAUACCUCGUCGGGCGUGUACAUACGUAUAUAGUUAAACCACGAGGCGGCGGGUCUGAAUGGUUAUCGAACCGUGCUCUCGGUUGCAUCGCGAAUCUCAUCGACGUCGUCGGCACCACGAGCUGUUUCGAUAAUCAGCCGCGAGAGGAUUGCUUUCGCGUGAAACGUUCGUCGGGACAGGUGACGACGAAAGAAGAGCCACUUUCGCAUUUGUUGCCGAGAAGUCACGAGAAAUAGACGCGAUCGAGAGAUUAUGCCGUUUUGAAGGCCAUUCCACAAUGGCCGUAGGAAUAAGUCCGUAAAGCUGGAUAGGUGCGCUAAGUACUUUCGUUCUGAGCAUUAAAUUAUAACAUAGUCUCUAAGCGUCUCCCCGGCGCCACCGAAUGUCGCAAUUCCUGAGAUUUAAACGUUAUUGCAACUUUUGGUAGCGUGAAAAAAGCGCUUUGUUAGAAAUUACCUAACACCUUUUACAGGUUGGAGCAAAAGGCUCACUAAUCGCAGAUCCGGACUGUGCAAAAACGUAAGCGUUGAGCAAAUUGACCAACCACAAUUGAUUGUUCUUGAAGGAAAAUAGUCGACUGUGAUUGAUCAAUUUGCUUACUCCUUAUUUGUUUCGGUAUGUUUCACUGUAAAAGAUGUAUAAUAGGCCGCAAUAUAGGAUCGUAAGCGAAAUGAGUUAUUUCUAUUUCUUACCGCUUUACGGCCUUAACGUAGUCCACUCAGAGCGAAAUGACGCAUUAAAGUUCUAUUCUCCUUCUACUUGAUUGGUGGCUUGCCUUGCGUUUCGCUGUAAAGCAGGCAGCACCGUUUGAGGACAUUACAUUCUACGACCUUAAUGCUACGGACUUAUAGCCAUGUUAGGGCCAUUGUAGAAUAGCUUUGAGAAAUCCUUCGCCCCCUUCCUUCCAGCUACCUAUUCCCCGAGCAGAUUGUUCUCGCGUGGCGAUCUCUUAGUCCCACAACGACGCACCAGCUGUUAACCCUGAAAAAGACCAAGCCAUUUUUUUAUUUCGAUAUGGUUUCUUCUCUUCAAUUUCGGAGACGUCCUACCGUGACUUCUCCUAAAUUUUCCCAAAUAUCAACAGGAAUUAUAAACAUAAGUCUGACCGCAAUGGACUUUACUGCUAGCUAGAAGUGGCGGCCUUUUUUAACGUUAACGACGCGAGAAACGAGAACAUUUGGCCCUGUCCGACAAUUUCCCACGACGAUCUUUUGUCACGCGUAUACACUGAGUCUCCAAACACUUCUUUCUCGACGCGGUUGGAACGAUGGUCUAAUGAGAGAACCCAGUUUUCGGAAACCAGUUCUCUCAUUGGACCAUCGUUCCGCAUCGAAUGAUAAAUUAUGUGAUAGAAGAAUAAUUCUCAAGAAUAAUAAUUCAACGCCGUAUUGAAACCCAGUGCACAGGGAUCGAGCACACCGCUUUUGUUUUGCGACCGCUUCCAACGUUUCACAUCUCGUCUCCCAUCCUCGCUUCCACCCCUCCGAAAGUUAACCGCUCUUCGGUCUUCAAGACGAGGCUUCCGUUUAUUUUGUAACGGCCGCGGAUUACGACCGACUGAAUUAAUUAAGAUUCUCAUCAGAUCUGCUGCACGCGCGCGCGCAGUCACGUAACACACGUCACCGACGCGUAUCUCCCUCGAGAGACGGCGCAUUGUAGGAUAAAGAUCCCACAGAGUCCCACAGAGAUGGGAAUAUCACGAUAACGUGAACCGGAUGGAUCUCUCUCGCAGACCGAGAAAAUGGGAGAGAGAGAGCUACGCGACGGUGACCGUAAGUUAGGAACGACCGUGUAAACUUCAUUGUCACCCACGUCUGGAGCACUUCCGUGCUACACCGAAAGAAAAAAAAAACAUAGCGUCUCACACAGAUAUACACACACACACGCAUAUACACGAGUAUAUGAACCUCGCACGACACGAUCCCGUUGUAUCGCGGAUAUUAUAAGCUCUCUCCCACGUCCGAGACACAGCUAAAGGGUUUAAUGUUAUUGUUAUAUGCGUACGUUGUAAUAUAUGUGGUCGAAGCAUGCUCAGCCCUGUAACAAAAUAAAUCCCUCCUUUAUCCCCCCGAACUCAUGCGAGGAACUUGUUACAUACACACGAUAUGUGCGCGGUUUCCCUCCCCGCCGCAACGGGGGGAUCUCGCGUCACAUUACAUUUCGGCGCACGUCACACCGCCAAGACAUAGAGCUCCGACGACAAAAAUCACCCUUCAACGUUAACAUACGACUACAUCGGUAGCUAUCGUUUUCUUACUAUCACCGACGGAUCUCGGCGAGCGGGCGCCGUCGCCUCGGCCGGAAGUGCCGGGGUAACUUCGACGAGCUCCCUUCCGAGCUCUCCCGCGAAUUGGGAGAUUGGAUUUUUCCACCGAAUUCAAGUCGGAGCGAUCGUGCGGUUCGAUCGAGAUGCUCCGUUAUUACUCUCUCUCGGCCGAAGCCGCGGGUCUCCUCGCCGCAAUCGCGAUCCCACACCGUCUCGAUUAAUCCCCAUAAAAACCGCCACUCGUCCUGGAUAAGUAACGACGAGCGGAUAUUAAGCAUUGUCCAUUAUAAUCGUAAGGAUUGUGUCCUCCUGGCGAAAGCGGCGGAACAAUCGACUCGAGCGGCGAGCACGCGUCGAGAGAACGUAAGAAAAAGAAAAAAAGAUAUUGCAUGCUUGUGAUUCGAGUGCAUUCCAAGAUGUGUAACAUAAUAAAUUUGUAUCGUGGCACAUAUUCCGGUAAAUUACGAAUCUUCCCGCGUGAACUUAUUAGAUCGUCAAUUACACCAGUGUACACCUUAACGAUCGAAUAAUAAUCAUUCCUGUCGAGAGAGAGAGAGAGAGAGAAAUGUGCGCGGACGUGAUCCCAACGUCGUUCGCGUCCGACGAAGAAUCAGAAUCUGAGAGCCGAGAAAGAAAAAAAACGAACGAACAAACGCACGGAGACAUCAGGCUUGAGAAAAGACAAAGAGAAAAACGAAAAGAAGAACGGUAUUCUAAAAUUACCAUAAGAUCUUUAAGUACUACCACACUGUAAUUAAGAUAACAAUUCAAUUAAACGCAGAACAGACGAACCGAUA